AAUUCAAGUGAUCUGUAUAAAAUUUAAUGAAAAAUUAUAAAAUGAACCACUGGUUUACAACCUCUUGAAGUUUAACAAUGCCAGCACCCCUGCACCCUUCCUGGGUCCAUUCCUAGUCAUAGCUUCUCAACUGCUAGAGAUAAUUAUCAUUUUGACUUCUGUGACAAUCAUGUUCUUUUUCUUUUCACUUUUAUCACCUUCAUAUCCCUCAACAACAUAGUUUUGUUUGCUUUUGAGUUUUAUGUACAUGGAAUCAUACUGUAUUUUAUAUCUUCUUUAAGCAUUGCUAAAUUCAUCCCCAUUGUGUGUGACUGUAGUUCCUUCAUUCCAGUUUCUUUAUAGUAUUCAACUAUAUGACUGUACCAUAAUUUACUCAUCCCUUUUGUUAUUGCUUGACAUCUAGAUUCCUUCCAGUUUGGGGCUGUUACUAACAAUACUACUUUGAACAUUCUUGUAUAAUUACUUUUCUGUAUAUGUGUGUGAUGCACACCUGGGGAUAGAAUUCAACUUUACUAGUUGAUACAAAUGGUUGUGCCAGUUUACAGUUCAUCAGUCUUUGGUGGGAAUGUGAAUUUAAGUUCCUGGUUGAAAGUGUGUUGUCCAAAAAUAGAAAUAUGGCAAAAAUGCUCCUAAAUCAGGCAUUCCUCUGGUAAAGGUGUGGGGCAGAUAAAUGACCCAGUGGGAUAAUACUUAUCCCAAACCAUGUAUAGGUUUAGUAUCCUUAAGAAUAGAAGUGUAUCUCCCAAUUUGCUUCUUUGAAAUGAUUCUUAAUGUUAAUUAGGACAGAUGUGACUGCAGCUCCUUAAAAUAGAAGUUGAUUUCUUUUUUAAUGUGAAUGUGUUCUUCAAAUUAGACUUAAACAGAGCUGUAAGGAGCCAUCUACAAACAGUAGAUGUGAACUGUGAGAGGGGCCCAAUAACAUGACUGGGUAAACAGGAAGAGGCAGGACUCUGAGGCAGCUCAGAGUUUCUUCUCUUAGUCCAUUUUAUAUUCAAGACCUGCUUUGUGGAACUGCAUGGGAAACUGGGAAGAGGUAUCAGAAAUUUGAGGAGACCCAAGAUAGGAUGAUUCUGGAACCCUAAGGACUCUGCAAUAUGAAUAAUUCCCUGGAAAACACCAUUUCCUUUGAAGAGUACAUCCGAGUGAAGGCGCGGUCUGUCCCGCAACACAGGAUGAAGGAAUUUCUGGACUCACUAGCCUCUAAAGGGCCGGAAGCCCUUCAGGAGUUCCAGCAGACAGCUACCACUACCAUGGUGUACCAACAGGGUGGGAACUGCAUUUACACAGACAGCACCGAAGUGGCUGGGUCUUUGCUUGAACUUGCCUGUCCAGUCACCACCAGUGUUCAGCCACAAACCCAACAAGAACAGCAGAUUCAGGUUCAACAACCACAGCAGGUUCAGGUACAGGUGCAGGUACAACAGUCUCCGCAGCAGGUCUCGGCUCAGCAGCUCUCCCCGCAGCUCACGGUUCACCAGCCUGCUGAGCAGCCCAUCCAGGUCCAGGUGCAGAUCCAAGGCCAAGCACCACAGCCGGCAGCCCCUUCCAUCCAGACCCCGUCUCUGCAGAGCCCCAGCCCUUCGCAGCUGCAGGCGGCCCAGAUCCAGGUGCAGCACGUGCAGGCAGCCCAGCAGAUCCAGGCUGCAGAGAUUCCAGAGGAGCACAUCCCACAUCAGCAGAUCCAGGCUCAGCUAGUGGCUGGCCAGUCUCUUGCCGGGGGUCAGCAGAUCCAAAUCCAGACCGUGGGUGCCCUUUCCCCACCACCGUCUCAGCAGGGCUCACCCCGGGAAGGGGAACGGCGGGUUGGCACAGCCAGUGUCCUCCAGCCAGUGAAGAAGCGCAAAGUGGACAUGCCCAUCACUGUGUCCUAUGCCAUCUCAGGGCAACCGGUGGCUACCGUGCUGGCCAUUCCACAGGGCCAGCAGCAGAGUUAUGUGUCUUUGAGGCCAGACUUACUGACAGUAGACAGUGCCCACCUGUACAGUGCCACUGGGACCAUUACUAGCCCUACAGGAGAAACCUGGACCAUCCCUGUUUACUCUGCCCAGCCCCGUGGGGAUCCUCAGCAGCAGAGCAUUACCCACAUUGCCAUUCCCCAGGAAGCCUACAAUGCAGUUCACGUCAGUGGCUCACCCACGGCCCUGGCAGCUGUAAAGCUGGAGGAUGACAAGGAGAAGAUGGUGGGCACCACGUCUGUAGUGAAAAACUCCCAUGAAGAGGUAGUGCAGACCCUUGCAAACUCUCUCUUUCCAGCACAGUUCAUGAAUGGCAACAUCCACAUUCCAGUGGCUGUGCAGGCUGUGGCAGGCACCUACCAGAACACAGCUCAGACUGUCCAUAUAUGGGACCCUCAGCAGCAGCCACAACAGCAAACUCCCCAGGAACAGACGCCGCCACCGCCGCCGCCGCAGCAGCAGCAGCAACUCCAGGUUACUUGUUCAGCUCAGACUGUCCAGGUUGCUGAAGUUGAACCACAAUCACAGCCACAGCCUUCCCCAGAACUUCUGCUUCCAAAUUCUCUGAAGCCAGAAGAAGGGCUUGAAGUCUGGAAAAACUGGGCCCAGACAAAGAACGCUGAGCUAGAGAAGGAUGCUCAGAACAGACUGGCACCCAUUGGGAGGCGCCAACUCUUGAGAUUCCAGGAAGAUCUCAUCUCUUCUGCUGUGGCUGAGUUAAAUUAUGGGCUCUGUCUAAUGACACGGGAAGCUCGAAACGGAGAAGGUGAACCCUAUGAUCCAGAUGUGCUUUACUAUAUUUUCCUGUGUAUUCAAAAGUAUCUUUUUGAAAAUGGAAGGGUUGAUGACAUUUUCUCCGAUCUUUAUUAUGUUCGAUUCACGGAGUGGCUACAUGAAGUUCUGAAAGACGUUCAGCCCCGAGUCACUCCACUUGGCUAUGUCCUGCCCAGCCACGUGACUGAGGAGAUGCUGUGGGAGUGCAAGCAGCUCGGGGCUCACUCCCCUUCCACCCUGCUGACCACCCUCAUGUUCUUUAACACCAAAUACUUCCUGUUGAAGACAGUGGACCAGCACAUGAAGCUGGCCUUCUCCAAGGUUUUGCGACAGACAAAGAAGAACCCCUCUAAUCCUAAGGAUAAAAGCACGAGUAUUCGGUACCUGAAGGCUCUUGGGAUACACCAGACUGGCCAGAAAGUUACAGAUGACAUGUAUGCAGAACAGACGGAAAAUCCAGAGAAUCCACUGAGAUGUCCCAUCAAGCUCUAUGAUUUCUACCUCUUUAAAUGUCCCCAGAGUGUGAAAGGCCGGAAUGACACGUUUUAUCUGACGCCUGAGCCAGUGGUGGCCCCCAACAGCCCAAUCUGGUACUCGGUCCAGCCUAUCAGCAGAGAGCAAAUGGGACAGAUGCUGACUCGGAUCCUGGUGAUACGAGAAAUUCAGGAGGCCAUCGCAGUGGCCAACGCAAGCACCAUGCACUGAGAUCCCUAAGCCAUGGUGCAAGGGAGAUGAUCCAGGAAAAAAAAAAAUGGACAGACUUUCACACUAAAGAAGAGGCCUCCGUUUUUUUCUUUUUCUUUCUUUUUUUUUUUUUUUUUUUUUUAAAUUGGUGUAGUUAUGAAGCCUUUCAGACUGCUUCUGUUUAAAAUGUAAAAGGAAACUUUGCCUCCUGUGUGUCACCGUAAAUCUGCCGCAGCAGAUUCCUCAGCCCGUGGGGGCUCUGGGUUUCCUGAAAGCCACAUGUCCUAGAAAGUUGUUGGCUGGCUUUUUCUUUUUUGUCUGGGGCCUGGGGAAAGGGCUCGGACUGUUAGGAGAAAUGUGGCCCCUUCCCUUACUCCAGAAAGAUGGAAUUAGUGACGGACCCUCCAGGGAAUCUCCCCAGCUGGCUUCCACUCUGACUGGCGGACGUCGCUGACCACAGGGGAGCCAUGGUCUUUUCUUUCUUCAUGCUCAGACAUAAACUUAGCAUCUUAAUGGAAGGAAAAUGAGGGGAACUUCAAUUAUGAUUUAUUAAAGACAAUUUCUAUUACACCCUCCUUUCUGACAAGUGACAUUUUAGAUGUUAAAGUAAAAACUUUACCAUGCCUUUUUUUUUUUUUUUUUUUUUUUUUUUUUUUUUUGGCCUGACAUUGAGGCCUUAAACCUGAGGCUCCUGUGCCUGAUGGAAUUCUUGUAACAUACACUCGUGUAUCAUAUAAAGAUACCACUCUGUUUCUCUUAUGUAUUCUUAAUCCUAGUUGUUUAUUAAGAAUGACAAGCACGUCUUUUCAA